AUGGGCAUGGGACCUAUGGGUGGUAUGGGUGGUAUGGGUGGCAUGGGCAUGGGUAUGCCUCCUUCUCGUCGAUAUCACGGUGGUGGAAUGGGUGGAAUGGGCAUGGGAGGUGGCAGAUAUGGACAUGGGGGAUGGGGUGGCCCGGGGUAUGGCCAUGCCUACGCCUCAGGGUUUGGAGGCCGGCACGGAGGCUUUGGUGGCCCGGGGAUCGGGGGUCCAGGCUUUGGGCGUCGCGGAGGAUUUGGAGGGCGGCGAUGCUGA